AUGAACUCAUCGCGAGAACAGUCUCCCGUCGAUGCCGGGGACGAAAACGCUCGUAGAUAUGAAAGGCCGGAGGACGCUCCUCACGAUGAGUCGCAACAGUUGGCCGAACAACGGCAACAACAACAUUUGCUAGAUAUGCAACAUGAGAGGCAGCAGCGGCAGCAGUUACUAGAUCAACGCCAACUCGUCGAAGCAACAGUGCCACAUUUUGCGGUCGAAGAAGAAACUCAAGGAGUUGCUUCGGCUUCGGCCUCCGCUUCUGCCUCUGAUGCUGCUUACGAGGCUGAUGUCGAUGAUGUUGAUAUGCCAACUGUUGCUGAUAAUCAUAAGCAUGAGCAAGUGGCGCGCGAUGUUGCAAAGGCGCCAUACGUACCAGCUGAAAUGAGUCUGGGCGCACAGCAGCGGCGUCAAGCUGAACGUCAGCAUAUUUAUGAGCUUUUUCAACCCUGGGCAUUGAAGAAUUACGGCGAUCAAGCCAAGACGAAAACUAUAACGCUGCGUAAGAAAACACGUAUUUUGAAAGCGUUAGAGGGCAAAGAGCACAGUCGGCCAGAUAGUUCGAAAUUUCGGUUUUGGGUGAAAACCAAAGCUUUCACCACAAAACGUCCAGCUGAGUUCAAAGAAGCUGCUGGCGGUCAUCGGCAGCUCGAACCACUCCCACCGAACGCCGUGCUUUCCGAUAAUCCCAGUCUAGUGGAUCUAUUUGUAGCUUCAACCACAAAGGACUUUGGCAAACGCACCUAUCGCAAGGUGGCCGUGGUAGAAGAAUUCUUUGACAUUAUCUAUAAUGUACAUAUGGAAUUGGGUGGACGUAGUGGCAUGCAUGCCGGACAAAAGCGCACAUAUCGCAUAAUUACCGAAACAUAUGCUUUCUUACCGCGUGAAGCUGUCACACGUUUUCUAUCCAUUUGUCCAGAAUGUAAGAAGAAUUUGCGCGCCACUUCACCGGCCACAUCCAUCAAUCCACCAGAGGAUUGUGGUAACGAAAGCUCAUCGGAGGUUGAAGGACUCAAUUACUCAUCACAUACUGAAAGCUCUGUGGAAGCAGGACCAACGAAAACUCUAACAAAAGGAGCAGCCACUAGCAUAACCACUGCACACACAGUAGUUCCACUGAAGCGACGCUACUCUCAGCUUGAGGAAGCGUCCGAUAAUACUAAAUUUUUUCCAGCAUCACAAUCAAUUGCACGUGCUUUGCUUUCGGCACCAUCACGACAGCCUCUGGCAGCGCCAGCCUCGCUACCCAGAUCCAUUUCAACAGAUACAGCCGUAGCCACAGCGACAGCAGCAGCACCUAUUAUCACUAUCGAUUUGGUAUCCGAAAGAACGACAUCUUUAUCUAAGCCGACACCAACAACGCUUGUCGGGCAACCAAAAAUACGCAUCAAUCCACAAUUGCAGCGUCCUUUGACUCCGCCUCCUGUACCGGCUUCAGUUUCUGUUGCGGCAACCGUCUCGUCAACAUCGGCAUCGCCAUCACCGUCACCUUUGGUGGUGCGCGAACCGGUUACGCAUGCGCCGCCUUCUUACCUCGGCUAUCAUCCCCUUUGUUUUGAUAUGAAUUUCUUAAAGACACAUGAGAGCUUCUUUCGUUAUUAUGAAAUGAUGCGUCGUUUCUAUGCCGGCGGCUUUCCAUUGCCACUCCCACCGAUGCCCGCUGAGUUUACCAGCGUUGCUGAGUUGUUAACCCCUCAGCGUAAUUCCAAUUCAGGUGUAUCGCGUGGUUCAGGUAUUAUACCAGCUAGUGGCAACGUAAAGCAGCCCGCUGUGCAACAGGAAUGCUCAGCAAUAUCAGAAAAUCCCUCCAUUCACACCAAACCCAUUGAUAUUCAAGAACCUUUAAUAAAAAAAUUCAAAAGCUCACCAGAAAGUGAGAAAACCUUGAGACUGCGUACCAACGCAACCGAGUCGCAAGCUCGUGAGACCACAUCAGCCAGUACUGUGGCUGCUGCGGUGGCUUCGUCCACUGCUGCUGAGUUGGAAAUGGUUACCGAGACAAUGGCGCCAAUGCCACCCCUAUCCCCACCCCCCACACAGCUCAGUGCAAUUAAUCUAUCAAUAGCUUCUACUUUCAGGUCUACACGCUCGAAUGGUACAUCAACGUCACACACGAAACCGUUGCCAACUCUGCCGCACAUCGUCAUACCAACAACACCGCUAACAUUGGCCUCGUCAGCGCUGUCAGAGCUAGUCACCUCCACACCCACAGCGCUCAAAAGCAAUCUGUCGUCGGCGCUUUCAUUUAAGUCCUCCACAACCGAAGUGAGAGCUUCUUCGUCCAAGUACAAGCCGUCCGGUGGCGCUGAUAAUCGUCCAACGCCUUCGUCAACUUCGCGGUAUACUUCCCGCUUGCCGCCAUUGGAUUUGGAGCGUUUGAAACCGAUCACUUCGACAUAUUUGCAAUUGACACGCAGCAUGGGCUUAAGCGAUGAGGAUGCCUUGCGCUUUGACAACCUGGUGAGUAAUGAUUUCAAUUAUACGCUAUAA